AUGUCACUUUCGUUUCAAUUUGAUUACCUUCCAUCAAAUGUGUUAACUUUAUCUGGUUAUGAUUUUUUCCAGUUCAUCCGAAACACGUUAGGUGAACCUGAAGCUAACUUAUUGUGCAAAAUUUCAGUGAGAACAACAUCUUCAUUUUUGCUCAUAGAAAAUCCACUUGAUAUUUUCAAUGAAGAUAUUGAAGAUGAGGAAUUAGACAAGUUAAAAGAUCAAUUGUGUUUUAAAAUGAAAAAUGAUAAACUUUUGAUUAAACCUGGUGUUCUUGCUGGAUUUCUUUCGCUAAGACAAGCAUUAAAAGAUAAAUUAAAUGAACAACAGACAUCAAAAAAUAAGAGAAAGAAGUAG